AUGGAUCUUAUUGAUCUCUGUGAAGGUAAAGUAGUCAAUAAACGUUGGGUUGUAGAUGAAAAGCUUGGUGAAGGUUCAUGUGCUACUGUUUACAAAGUUCACGAUUUGAACGACACACGAGUUAAAGCUGCUCUCAAAGUUGAGGCACGUUCUGAAGAUGACUUCGGUGUUUUAAAGAAAGAAGUAGCUGUGAUGAGAAAACUGCAAUCAAGAAGACACACUGUUCGAGUAGUAUAUGCUGCUCGUCGAGAAUAUUAUUCAUAUGUUGUGAUGUCGCUGUUGGGACCAAAUUUGAUGCAGUUAAAGAAAAGAUGCAAAACAAAUACUUUCACGGCAGGCACAGCAGAUCGAGUUGGAAUUCACGCGCUUUAUGCGAUCAAGCAAUUGCAUGAGAUUGGUUAUGUACACCGUGAUAUUAAACCAGCAAACAUGGUAAUUGGACGGAAAGGUCCAGAAGCUCGAAUAAUUUACGUGAUUGAUUAUGGAAUGGCACGUGAAUAUGCAGUUUGGGAUCAAGGCUAUGUAAGAAUUCGACGGAAACGAGAUCAUGUAUUAAUGAGAGGAACAACAAGAUAUUGCUCACCGACUGUUCACUCCAGAAUGGAACAAGGGAGAAAAGAUGACCUGUGGUCAUUAAUAUAUGUUCUCGUAGAACUACAUGCAGGACUGCCGUGGCGUGGUAUCACUGAAAAAGAAGUAGGUGUUAUGAAGGAUAAAGUAACUGAUGAGGUUCUCAUGGCAGACUGCCCACCGGAAUGGGUUCUUAUCAUGAAAUAUAUAAGAACACUCACUUACGAAUCACGACCUGAUUACAAAAGGAUUUACGAUCUAUUCAUAGUUUGUAUGAAACGACUCCAUGUUUCAUUUUCUGAUCCAUAUGACUGGGAAGCUGAACUUAGUGUCAGGGUAGAACUUUCAUCUCAACUUAAUGAGUCAUUGUUAAAAACAGAACUUUUUGUUUUUAUUUAG